UGAGCGUUGAGUUGAGUUUGACAAGUGUAUCAUCACCGUUGAACUUCACACAAGUUUGUCUGUUACUCCUUAAACUGUAUUGAAAACAGGUAGUAGUACUAAAACCGACUUUGAGGAACCGAAGCUGUCACUUUAAGGCAAUCAUGGACCGCUCCAAACAGAAACAAAUUAAUCAAAAUGAAAAUGAAACCGAUGCCGUGAUCAAUGGGCACUUUGACGGACGGGUGAAGAUUCCCGGAUGGAGCGCCGGUGGUGCCGCCGGGAACCCGAGCACCGUGCCGUCCUCCAGCGUGAUGGAGAGUUGGCGGGAAGAACGCACUCGCAGUCUGGAAGACAAUGAAAUGAGCCUGCCGAGCAUCGCCGCGGCUUAUACCACCAUUCUCAAGGGUCUCGGGGAAGAUCCGCAGCGGCAGGGGCUCCUCAAAACUCCGUGGAGAGCCGCCACUGCCAUGCAGUUCUUCACCAAGGGUUAUCAGGAAAAAAUCAUCGAUGUCCUGAAUGACGCAAUCUUUGAUGAGGACCAUGACGAGAUGGUGAUAGUGAAGGAUAUUGACAUGUUUUCCAUGUGUGAACACCAUUUAGUUCCCAUUUUUGGCCGGGUGCACAUAGGUUACCUUCCAAACAAGAGGGUUCUUGGUCUGAGUAAAUUAGCAAGGAUCGUUGAGAUAUAUAGCAGGAGAUUGCAAGUUCAGGAGCGUCUAACCAAACAGAUUGCAGUCGCUAUCACUGAAGCGUUACAGCCCGCUGGUGUCGGGGUGGUCAUUGAAGCAACUCACAUGUGUAUGGUUAUGCGAGGUGUCCAGAAGAUGAACAGCAAGACUGUGACCAGCACCAUGCUAGGCGUUUUCCGCGAGGACCCCAAGACACGAGACGAGUUCCUGACCCUGAUCCGGAGCUGAGAGUGUCCGUGUUCGCUCUCCACUGCCAAAACACUCUGACCAGCCCUCUUCUCAAACGCCUCCCUGGAUCGAAGGAGUCAUCUCUGGUUCUGCCUCCAGACGAGGCACUGCUGCUGUGUAACAUAGUGUCCCACCUGCCUCUGGCAUGGUCACAUCGGUAACACCUUCUCUUCUGUAUCACGUGUGCGUGUGUGUGUGUGUUGUGCACGUUUAGUCAGUAGAGCUGUAGGAGCCUCUAUUGACAGGACUGUGGCUAUUACUGUUAUAUGGAAGCAUUGUGUUUUGAAGGACGUCCUAGAUUAGCACAAUUUGACCUCUCUAAACUGACAAAAUUUGUUUAUAUCUCUUUCCGGUUGUGUCACAUUUGCGCUCUAUUAAACGCAAUUGAGUUGCUUGAAAUACGCAACAAAGUGGUUUUAUUUUCACGCUUCUGAACAGGAGGUGCAUGUCAUUCUGAAUAUUCCAAUAUUUUACUGUUUGAACUACAUAAAAGUACUGUCGAGGAACAAUGGUACAGUAAUGGUAAUGAAUAUAACCACUAAAUGAUUACCAAUAUUAUUCAUACACCUUGAUAUUUACAAGGUACUUCAAAGAUUAUUAUGAUAUUAUAAUUGUACAUGUCCCCAAAAAAACUAGUAUUAUAAAGCACCACUUUUUAUAAGUGAAUUAAUCCAGACUGGUUUUAUUGUUGUUUUACUAUGUGCUGAAAAUGUAUUAUGGCUAUGCUGUCUUAUAAUGUAAUAUUUAAUAUAAUGUAUGUGUCCUGUGCAUCAGUCAGUAAUUGUGCCCAGACCCAAAGUAUCAUCUGCUCUUGAAAGGAUAGUUCAUCCAAAAAUGAAACGUGUCCAUAUUUACUCACCCUCAUGUUAUCCAAACAUGUUUGUGCCUUAACCCUGACAUAUUACAUAUUACAUACAAGUUACAUAUUCGUGUUUUUUGUUGAGUAUUAUAUUUGAUACAUC